UUAGUAACAUCGAAUAUGAGAUAUAGUUACUAUUUUGAACUAAAUAAAAAUUAAAUUUACUCCAAAAUUACUAAAUUAGUUAGAAAAAUUAAGAAGAUAGAUUUUUAACCUUGAAUACAAUCCUACUCUGUUCAUGACUCAUUAGAGUUUCCAAUUGCGUGUUCAGUUGAAGAACAACCUUGCUAAAGAUUUUGCCUCAAGCUAACCAGAUUCUUCGAUUUUCUCAAAUUAAUUACGUUUUUCCCAAGUAAUUUCUCCUAUUAAUCCCCAAAUAUUAAUUUCAAAAAAAAAAAAAAAAAAAAACCCUAAUAUUUGUGCUAGUAAUUAAUCAAUCGAUCAAUUAUUUUUGCAAUCAAUCAGCUUGUUGUGCACAGAAAUUCGGCGUUCUUCCGAUUGACGAAAUGUUAAUCAGUGAUAAGUUGAAUAUGAGGUUUGAUAGAGGAAGUAUGGUGGAGGUCUUUUCUAAGAAGAAGGAUCUUUCAGGAGGUUGGCGGUGUGCACAGAUUGUGGAGGAUAAUGGAGAUGGUUAUACGGUGAGAUAUUAUCGCGGUGCUGGAAUAGCUAAAGACGGUGUUGACAAAGUAUCCUCGGAAGCAGUCCGGCCUCGUCCACCACCUGUGACAGGGUCGAGAGUUUGGGCUGUUGGUGAUGUUGUGGAAGUUCUGGAUGAUGGUUACUGGAGAGUCAGUAUUAUUGAAGAGGUUUUGGAAAAUGAUGAUUCGUAUGGUAUCCAGGUGAUCGGAUCUGUGGAUGAGUUUAGAGUGAGGAAAUCUGGUGUAAGAGCACGGCAACAAUGGAAAAAUAACCAGUGGUUUCCUCUAGAGAAGGAUUCUGGAAUUGAUAAGAAACUGUUAUAUAGGGUGCAGAAGUUGGCUCAAAUGCAAACACAAGGUGACUUUGACGUUGUGAAAGAUCAGGAAUGUGUCUUGCUGUCCAAGACGCAGAAAAGGUCAUUCGUGGAUGAUUCUUCUCCGGAGUAUGCUCAGAAACGAAGGGCAGCAGAGAAGGAGGUUAAGCUUCGUGCUGUACCAGACUCGUUUUCUUUCAAUGGGAAGGUACAGACACCUGAUAAAUUUAGGAAAACUCAUGGUAAGGAUAAGGAGCAAAUAUUUAAAAGAACAACCAGUAACACUAGCCGUAGAAACCAUGAUGAUACCAAUCCUCUUGGUAGAACCUCUGAAACUGAUUCUGUUCAAUGUGAAUCAUCUGUUGCUAGUUGUAGCAUUGGUGAUGCAAUUUUUGAUAGGUUGAUCAGCCAUUCCUCAGCCAGCUGUAGUCAGGAAAGGGAUUAUUUUUGUAGUGACGCUGAAUCAUUUUAUCAUAAAGGGGGAGAUGAAGCAGUGUCUAUUGGUCAGUCAAUACAGGAAGAUACUUUAAGAUCGCAUGAGCUAGAGUUAAAUAGAUACCGUAGCACCCUAGAAGCAUUAUAUGCAUGUGGUCCUUUGAGUUGGGAGCUGGAAUUUUAUCUAACAAACCUCCGUCAAAAGUAUUCUGUUUCAACAGAUGAACAUUUAAUGGAACUAAGGAGGUUAAAGUCUAGUACAGGCCUUGGUUUGCCUUGUUGCUAGCUAAGGAGGUUAUUGUCAAUUUGAGUGCUUGGGUUGAGUUUAUUACUAGCUCUUCUUACCUUAAUAGCGUAUAGAUACAUGACACACUUUUCUGGGCCCUCUAAGUUCUGUUAACUACUAUCCUGUGUAAGAAAGUUGGGAGGAUGUUCAAAUUGUACAUUCUGAGAAUUGUUAAUGCGGUUACAUAUUGUGGAGUAGAACAUUGAUUUAGUUUCUAAUAAAAGUUGUACAAAUCUGUUAAGCACACAUGAGACGGUUUAAUUGACCUUCCUAGAAGGGGAUGUUAAACUUCAUUACUGAUGCCUUAGGUCUUCCUCGUUCUUUGAGUGGACAUUGCACUAGCUCUUGUAUGCUUUACACCUUUUCUGAAGCAGACAAUAGUUUUCAAAUUGUACAUGUUGACAGCCAUUGUUAAUGCAGUGAAUAAAUGUUUGUUUUACUGGGAAUUUUCU